AUGUUGACGCAGGACUCAUUGUCCAAGGCAGAGUACUUUGACAAACUGUAUGCCUUGAUUGACAGCAGCCCUGAUGAAGCUGAAGACACAAAUGAAGUGAGGAGCUUCUUUCAGCAACCUCUCAAUCCGGCUUCACCAUCUGUCCUGUCUCCCUCACCAGCUCCCGCGCCACGAAGAACAACACCAAAAGGACCGAUAAAGAAGAUACCUGGAAUUCAACGAACUCUUUCGGAACCAACACCGGCUAGCAGUAUCGUCAAGGAAACACCUUUGGUCCGGAAAAACUCCUUGCUUCGUUACGAUAUCUCUACCCCGCCUUCCGUAGAUACAUCAUUCAACGGGAUCAACUUUCCUUCUCGAAACCCAACGCUAAUUACCACAGAAGGUCAACGUCGUCCGGAUAUAGAACACCGCUCUGUAUCAGAUCCGGCACGAGGUUCUCUGGUCUUGAAAAAUAGCACGGGAAUCACGACAAUGUUGCAGAGAAACGUGAAACGAAAACGAAUUGGGGAAGCUGUUGCAGAGAAGAGCAAGAAGUCAUCGAGGGUAUCUGAUAUCAAACUCGUCCCAGAGAAUCAGAGAAUAUUUCAGGAUAAAACAUUCUUUUAUAUUCCGAAUGAUGCAAUUGCCAGUGCUCGAAAAUUCAGAAUCGACAAAGCUAGGAAAUAUGGCGCUACUUGGACUCAGGAGUUUGGGACAGGGGUUACGCAUGUUGUGGUCGACAAGAACCUCAAGUAUCAGGACGUGUUGGCUUAUAUGAAGUCCUCUUUCAACGUAGAUGGAAUUCCGGAGGAUAUGAUGUUGGUUAAUGAGCUUUAUCCUUUGGAAUGUAUCGAGCAUCGCUUUCUUGUUCCUCCGGAUCAGAAACUGUAUAUGGUCGAAGGGAGUGAGUCUGUGCUUGGACAAAAAGAACAGCCUCCAAUUUUGAAUCCAAAGGCAGGAAAUUUGGUCGACGUUAGAUUACCUAAGGAGGAUAGUGAGGAACGACCUGGAACACCCGUUGUCGAGGAGGCAACGCAAGAGACAUCCCCUUCAGAGAGUUUACCAAAAGCGCUCAACAACACGUCGGAUGGCACGGAGGUGAUAGAUAAUCCACCGCCUCGAAAAUAUGCCGAUUUUGGAACGGAAUUCAACGAAGUGAUCAAUAUAGCUCGCAACACUCGAUUCGUUGCUCUAGAUGAUGAAGAGUCGGAUUCAAGGCUAGGACCAGACAAUUCUGAGGAUUCGGAUUCAGAGCGAGAAGCUUCCCAAGCGAAAGCGGUUGCCAAAUCCAAAAAGAGACCGAGAAGUAGGCAAGGAGGACUUCACAAGGAUAAUUUCAGUUGUAUGAAAGGCGGAACAGGGUCCGCAUCCGGCAAGAAUCCAAACGAUGACUGUAUCAACGCUUUUUUGGAGCUGGCAGCCUUCUAUGAACGCAUUCGAGAUACGUUUCGGAAUAUGUCAUACCGGAAAGGAGCCACAGCUUUGAGGUCGCAAACGAGAAAGAUUACAGAUUAUGAUGAAGCGAGGGAGAUAUUUGGGAUUGGACAUUCCUUAGCGACAAAGAUUGUUGAGUUUCACCGACGAGGGAGGCUUGCAAAGCUAGAAUACACGAAACUUGAUGGCCGAGACUCGAUUGUUCAGAAGUUCAUGAAGAUUUACGGUGUCGGCGCAAGUCAAGCGGACAAAUGGGUCGAUCAAGGUCAUAAAACCCUCGAAGACCUUGUUGCCAAUGUGCCCCUAACCGAGAACCAAAAAAUUGGAAUCGCGCACUACGAAGACUUCAACAUCCGAAUACCUCGCGAGGAAAUGCAUGCUCUCGGUGACAUUGUCAAGCAAGCCGUCGCCAAAAUCGAUCCCAAAGUUGAAGCAACUAUGGGAGGAAGUUACCGACGAGGUGCAAAGACAUCAGGAGAUAUCGAUUUCAUGCUUACGAAACCCGGCACAACAUCGACAUUGGAACUCCUCCCAUUCCUCCACUCCCUUGUCACUUACCUCCAAAACACCGGCUUCCUAGUCGCCGCCCUCGCCGUCCCAUCCUACCGCUCCGCAGACGCUGGCAGUAAAUGGCAUGGGGCGUGUAAACUUCCUGACAACCCCAUCUGGCGACGCAUCGACCUCUUACUCGUACCGGCCUCAGAAUGGGGCGCCGCGCUUAUCUAUUUUACGGGUGAUGAUAUUUUCAAUCGCAGUCUGAGGUUGUUGGCUAGUAAAUAUGAUAUGAGGUUGAAUCAGAGGGGCUUGUAUGAGCAUUGUAUGAGGGGGAAGGGGAGGGUGAAGUUGACAGAGGGGACGCUUAUUAAGGGGUUGGAUGAAAGGGGGAUUUUUGAGAGGUUGGGUGUCCCGUGGAGACCGCCUGAGGAACGCAUCUUGAAUUGA